CAAAAAGUACAGGUGAUUACAGUAUCUAUCAGGAGACAGGGGACACGGUGAAAACAAUGGAGGAGGAGGACACGUUGAAAGAAAAAGGAAAGCGGAAUGAAAGACGGAUAAGGGAGAUGGAAGGAGAAGGAGAAAAAGAAUUCCAGAAAGUUGAGGCAGAAAACAUGGUAGAAGAUACAGAGAAGGUAAAGACAAUAGAGAUGGAGGUGAAGAAAGAGGAAGAAGGGAUGAGAAUGCUGGAAGAGAGAGUGAAAGAGCAGCAGAAGAUGAGGAGAGAAAUGCAGAAAAAAACAAAGGAAGAAAAAUUAUUGAAGGAGAUGGUAGAAGAAGCAAUAGAACGGAAGAGAAAGCUGAGAGAGAUGGAGAAUAGAGCAAAGGAGAUAGGAAGAGGACCGAAGAAGGUGGUAGAGAAAAUGAGAGAACAGGAGCGAAUGCACAGAGAAAUGGGGGACACAGAAAGCCACACGUACACGGACUCGGACGAUUCUUGGAUGGAGGAGGAUGAGGAUAAGGAAGCACUCAAGAGACAAGAAGAAAUAACAAAGCUUAAAGAGAAGAUAUCUCUGGAGGGCCAAAGGAUAGCACAAAUACAGAGAGAGGCUAAGGUGAGAGACGAGGAGAGAAAGAAGAGAGAAAUUGAACAAAGAGCAAGAGAGGAGGAGAGAAAGAAGAGAGAGACUGAACGAAAAGAACAAUUAAGAAAUGCGGAAAGGGAAAAGAGAAGAUGGGAAGAAGAGGAGCGGCUGAGAAAUGAGAGCUGCUGGCGGAUAGGAAGGGAAAUGUUUGAGGAUUUCUAUACUUUUUGCGUAGAAACAUAUUUACUGCAAAGGAUGAUGAAGAGAGAAGAAAAAAUGAGAAAGAAAGCGGAGAAGGAGGAAAUAUUGAGAGAAAAGGCAAGAGAGAAGAGAUACCGUUGAGAGAGGCAGAAUAAAAGCAACAGAGCAAGAGAGCAAUGGAGGAAGAAA